AGGCGGGGCUGCUGUGACGCGCGGUGCGUCGCUGCGCGGACGUCAGUCGGGCCCACGAGAACCGAGACUAUGCUGCGCGCGGCGGCUCCCGGGCGGCUCCGGCGGGCGGCCUCCUUGCUCCGGUUUCAGAGUACUCUGGUAAUAGCGGAGCAUUCAAAUGAUUCCUUAGCACCGAUUACCUUAAAUGCCAUCACCGCAGCCACGCGUCUUGGAGGUGAAGUGUCUUGCUUAGUGGCUGGAACCAAAUGUGACAAGGUGGCAGAAGAUCUGUGCAAGGUGGCAGGCGUGGCCAAAGUUCUGGUGGCUCAGCAUGAUGCAUACAAAGGCCUUCUUCCAGAGGAGCUGACACCAUUGAUUCUGGAGACUCAGAAGCAGUUCAAUUACACGCACAUCUGUGCCGGAGCAUCUGCCUUCGGGAAGAACCUGUUGCCCAGAGUAGCAGCUAAACUUGAUGUUGCCCCAAUUUCUGAUAUCAUUGCAAUCAAGUCACCUGACACAUUUGUAAGAACUAUUUAUGCAGGCAAUGCGCUGUGCACCGUGAAGUGUGAUGAGAAAGUGAAGGUGUUUUCCGUCCGAGGAACAUCUUUUGAAGCUGCAGCGGCGAGUGGAGGCAGUGCUGGCUCAGAGAAGGUCUCAAGCCCUUCACCGGUGGGAGCGUCAGAGUGGCUGGACCAGAAGUUAACCAAGAGUGACCGGCCAGAGCUCACAGGUGCCAAAGUGGUGGUGUCCGGAGGUCGGGGUUUGAAGAGUGGAGAGAAUUUUAAGUUGUUAUAUGACUUGGCAGAUCAGCUACAUGCUGCAGUUGGCGCCUCCCGUGCUGCUGUGGAUGCUGGCUUUGUCCCCAAUGACAUGCAAGUCGGUCAGACAGGAAAAAUAGUAGCACCUGAACUUUAUAUUGCUGUUGGGAUUUCUGGAGCCAUCCAACAUUUGGCUGGAAUGAAAGACAGCAAGACAAUUGUGGCUAUUAACAAAGACCCAGAAGCUCCAAUUUUCCAAGUGGCAGAUUAUGGCAUAGUCGCAGAUCUGUUUAAGGUCGUUCCUGAAAUGACUGAACUCUUAAAGAAAAAGUGAAAGAAGAAAAAGAAUAAUAAUCAGGAAUCAUGGUCCCAUCUCUAGAAGGAAACUGUCCCAAGCAUUCAGCAGAAUGCCUAAGAGCUUCCUGGUUGGAGGGGAAUCCUGAGGGCAGCCGGAUGCUUUGUGUGACACUAUAUACUUCUUUUUACUUGUUUGUGGUUCCAAACAAUUAUUUUUUUGAAAAUUUCUAAAUCUGUAAUAAAAAUCUAUCAUCAAGCCUUAA